GACGGACUGCUCGGCUGUUUAUUUCCGGUGAGAGGCGGAAGUAGAAGCAAGGGGCUUGUGGAGGUGACCGAAUGGCAUACAGCAAAAUCUUUUUUAAAAUAAUAGAGUAACGCGACGCAGGAGCAAACAGAAUAUAUUACGUUUAGCUUGUAGUGCACAAGCAUCGUCGGUGCCAUGGGAGCUCACCUGGUCAGACGGUAUGUCACAGAGACAGACACCGAGCCGGACCCAGCGAGGAAAUUUGAGUUCGACCCCCAAUUUGGUUUUCCAGAGAGGAGUGAGAGAGAGAUGGUAGCAACCCAGGAGCAGAUGAACUUGGCCCAACUUCCUUUGGAGCAGAGGGACUACUGUGCCCAUUACCUCCUGAAACUCAUGAAGUGCAAGAGGGACAACUGGCCCAACUUCCUUGCCUGCAAGCAUGAGAAACAUGACUGGGACUACUGCGAACACCAGGACUAUGUGAUGCGUAUGAAGGAGUAUGAGAGAGAGAGGAGGCUCCAGCUGAGGAAGAAGAGAAUCGAGGCUAAGGCUGAAGCUGCAUGAUCAGUACAUCCUUGCAUACUUCCUCUCUGUAUAUAUGUGCUAUUGUUCACAAUAAACAAUACUGGUUAAGCUCUUCAA